UUUAUUGAAUUCAUUGUAUGCCGCUUUUUCACAAAGGUACAACGAGGAACAACGUUUACUUAAAAGAAAGAUAUGAUUGGAAUUGAUAAGAUAUUUUAAUAGGUCCUUCCGUUUUCUUCCUUAUAACCGACAGAACAAUAUAUGCUCUUUUCAAAAGGCGAUACGCUUUCAAUGUAAGAAUGUGUUAUCUUCUUUCUAGUACAUCAUGGAUAAACGAUGCUAUUAAUAAGAUUUUUUUUCUUCGCUUGAAGUUCCGCUCGACGAAGGCAAACAAGCAAAAAUCAUUUGCAAAGCUUUUUGGUCGUUUUUUUUUCUAAACAAAAUUAUUGUUUAGAUAUAAUUCUGGUAAAGCACUCUUGUUAAAUGGGAGCUGUCUUUGUUCUAACCUGCCUGUUCUAUGCAUUUCUCCUAGGACAUUUUCUUCUUUUUCUCUUUUUCACAUGUAAGAUAUAUUUGAUUUAAGCUUCUAGUUUCUUGUUUGCGGCCCUCGUCGACUCAGCUGAUUUUAGUAUACCAGUCAGGUUUGUUACUAUUGCUUGUUCUACUUUUUUCUUAUUUUUUUAAAAAGACCAUGUGCCUAAAUGACAAAUGUCGCAAAAACUGAGUGAGAAUCAAAGAGACAAGAUGUGAUUCUUGGAGAAGAGUGCAGUCGGAAUUAAUGUGGUUAUUUCUAUUUUCUGCACUGGUCUUUUGAUAAUAUGAGGGGUCAUUUUCUUUAAAGUGUUGCUUUUUAAGAAUCUCUCUAGAUUUUAUGAUGACUUAUUAAAAGUAAUGGAAUACAGCAGUUAAUAGGCAGUUUUGGCUAGCUUCUAAUAGCAAUCAUAUGUCGCUACGGGGCUAGAUAAUUUCAUUGGUUUAUGCAUGAUGUUAGGCCAGUCGGCUGUGUUUUUGUGGGAAAAUCGCUGAUAGCAGAAGAUUAAUGGGCUAAGAGCCACUAAAGGGCGAUAACAAAACGAGGAGAAGUUACCAGCUAACUACAGUUUAAGUGAAUAAGAGUUGUUUUUUUUAUUUCAAAAUAUUUUUAUGUAAUAUUUACACGACACGGUUAAGGUCGGAUAUUGACACGUUAUUAGCAAAUAGCAGUUUUGUAUUCCUAAAUUUUAUUACAUUUGGCUCCUUUUGACCAAGUCAUUAAAUUGGGUAAAUUCACUACAUAUUGAUGAGUUUCUACAAGAGAGCAUAAGAUAUAUCUUAUGCCCUCUUGGUUUUUAUGUACAGUUUGGCCUAACUUCUCAGGCGAUCUGCGGUAUUUGUCUCAUCUCCAAUAUGAGCCUUGAGCCUCUGACCGGGGCAGUGCUUGAAGAAAGUCAACAAGAUACGACGAAAAACCCUGGUCGAUGACGUAGCUGAAGGGAGUUUCACGUCACUUGACAAAGUGCGACGUCACAAAAAAAUUCUUACGUCAUGAAUACUUCUAAUACGUCACUCGACCCGUACGACGAUGACCUUCCCCUGGGACCCAUAGUGGGGAUUAUACUGGUUCAGGCCGUGGGCACGGUGGUCGGUAAUCUGAUGGUCUGCAUCGCUAUCUAUAUCCAGCCCUCCCUACAUCACGUGACCUACCAUUCCAUCUUCAGCCUCGCUCUGGCGGACCUGCUGGCAGGCCUGGUUGCUAUGCCUUCUUAUGUUGCCAAGAAGUUCGUGACUGAGGGUCCGUUUUAUCAGUUCGUCUGUGACGCUUUCAGAUUCUCAUAUUUUCUGACUGGUUACGCGUCCAUCCUCAGCCUCUGUGUCAUCAGCGUAGAGCGCCUGCUCGCCGUGAAAUGCCCGCUGACCUACAUGAUGACGGUGACGCAUGCUCGCGUGGUGAUCGCCUUGGUGGUGAUCUGGAUCGACUCCGUGCUCGUCUCAGUCCUCCCGUUCCUGCCUCUGUCCUCGGGCGUCCCGCGGGAAUGCAACUAUCACCCUACCUCGUGGUGGAGCGUGAUGGUUAUUAUCACCAACGUCAUCAUCCCCUUCCUUUUCAUAGUCACGUGCUAUGUGUAUAUCUACCUCAUUGCGCGUGCGCACUUAGCGCAAAUCUCCCGAGAGCGCGCGUCGGUGAGAGAAACGCUCCAAAUGACUGAGAAACGCACCAAUGACGGGCGAGAGCGCAAAGCCAACAUCACUAUCAUGAUUGUGAUUGGUCUAUUCGUCGUUUGCUGGUUUCCAUCGAGUUUUUAUUACUUCUUGCAGAAGGUGUGCCCUUGGUGCUUCCCAGAAUCCUUUGCGGGGAGUCGCGGUUUCGUGAACGCUUUCGUCAAGAUCCUGACUUUCACGUCGUCGUUCUGUAACCCUAUUAUUUACUGCUGGAGAAGCAAUGACUUCAGGAAGGCUUUUAUCAAGAUUUUGUUGCGGAAAACGCGGAAUUUUGCGGAGUCCUUCCGGAGCCGCUCACGGACAAGCACGAGUCAGUCGGAAUCGCUGAAUGAGAAAAAUAGCAAAGGCUUAAGCAAAGGGAAGCGUCGAAAUACAAAUGGCGUCGAGAGGAGCCAUUUUAAAGAAGGAGCGAUGGGCUCUUUGAUAGGCAGUAAAGUGCGCAAUGACUGUAACAAUAAAACGGGUUCGCUAAAAAAGGCAACAGGCGAAAUGAUCAAUGGGACAUCGGGGAGAGUCGUUAAAAAGUCGGAAAGAAUUUGCCAAGCGCGUUCCGAGUCGAAAUCGGAUUCGGAGAGUCUGUUAUCUGAUGAUCAAGAUUCGCAAGGAAUUGUGGGUAAAAAUACGGAUAUUGCCGAAAUGAGUUGGGGUUCUUUUGUUGAAAGAGAUUGUUUAAACCAGAGUGAGAUAGAAGUGAGUGGAGAACAUACCGGCAAAGAAGUUGAUGACAAUUUCUGUCAUAAAAAUGAAAAUGAAUCAGAAAUUAAUACCUUGGAUGGAGGUUGUAAUAACCCGAUAUAUAAUGAUCGUGAUUUGCCAACCAAAGCUGGAGACUUUGGAGGACAAUGUGACCAUACGGAUGAACCAUCUAGAGAUAUCGACAAGUUUGUUGCAAAAAAUCAUGAUCUGUCCCACAUGGAAGGGACUGAGACAUUAGAUCAGGUAGCUGUACAACAGGUAAACACAACACAGGUUAAUGGAAAUGAUGACCGUGAGAUAUUUGAAGAUGAAGUUUCGCCAUCGAACAAACUUGAGAUUUCUCUAAAUGAAACAGGUUUUAUGGAAGGGAUUAAAGUGAUCGAAACUAGGGUUUGAAAACUGACAAGGAUAUUUAUUGUGUUCUAGCAGUUCAAGUAAUGAUUCCUCUUUUCUUGUCUCGGAUGAAGAAGAGUUUUCGCCUACAUAUAACCGUCGAUUAUUUAAACAAACAAGGAGGCUUAGUGAAAAAUUAUGGUAAAUUUUGUUUUUAGUCCUCACCUACUAAAAAGUGUUUUGGAGUCUCCCAACCUCAAUUUUUUGAAAAUUUUCCUUGUCUAUUGGGACAUUAAAAGUCUUAAUCUCUAAGGUGUUGCCAUGUUUAUUCCUUUUAAGCCUCGCUUCCAUGCGGCUCCGUUUUGGAAAAGCGUUUUUGAGGCUGUACAUGAUGCCGAAAUUGCCAAAGAAGAAAAUGAAUUUUAUUCUGUUAAAUUAACAUCGGAAGUCUUAUUCUAUUUUGCUUUAUUUUUAUAUGUAUGUUUAGUUUAUUAGAAGAUCUGUGAAAAAUAAUAAAAAGUAUUUACAUUUGACUUUAAAUUGAUAAAAAAUAAAUGCCAUUUACUUUGAAAAUAUAAGAGAGUAGUAAACAAAAUCAGUAAACAAAACAAAAACAGUAAACAGCCAGUCCGAUAAAUUAAAGGAAUAAAACGUAUUAAGAAUAAAUAAAUAGGAUUUAUAGGACCCAAAGUAGGCAAAAUAUAACCAACAUGAUAUCUAUACAAUGUCAUCUGUAUCAUUUAUUAUUUACCGCAAAUAAUAAUAGACAAUAAAAGAGUUAGUAGCUCUGA